UUCUGUUCAUUCGUUGCUAGAAUUUUGAAUCAAAUUAUUUGUGUGCGCGGAAGAGUCGUCGGAUUUUUCCCAACAGGAAAAUCUUGGAAAAAGUGUGUAGUUGUGUGAAAAUUGAAAGGUGAGAGAAAAAUUCUAAGAAUCAGAGUGCUUCCUAUGGUAGCGAUAUAAUGUUUAGUUUUGCAAACUUUAUAUGAAAAUAUAAUGAGAAUAAAAAUGCCAAAAGUGAAUGUGAAAUUGCAUAAAAAUUAAACAAAAAAGUCGUGUACUACAAAUUUAUCGGUAUACAAAAGCAAUAACGCCGUAGCGGUAGGAAAAAUAAAUACGUUUCUAUCACCACGCCUACUCAACGAGGAUGGCUGCAACGGCGGCCGUUUAUAAUCGCCUCCAUAGCACCAGCGGGAGCAUAGGUGGACUCAGCGCGAGCAUGGGCAGCAUGGCACAUUCGCAGCUGGCACGUUCGCUGGAACGCAUCCUUGAGGAGGCGCACCUUAGCGGCGAGUUAAUACUGACGAAUCGAAAGCUAAAAGACUUCCCGAAAACUGGCACCAAAUACAAUCUCGCCGAUACGGUGAUGGCAGAUUUAUCGCGUAACCGCUUUUGUGAGCUACCCGAGGAGAUCACCACAUUUUCAUUUCUGGAGACGCUGCUGCUUUAUCAUAAUACCAUACGCAGCAUUCCCGAAUCGGUGAAGCAUCUGACAUCGUUGACGUAUUUGGAUUUGCGCAGCAAUCAGCUGGCAGCGCUGCCACGUGAGAUCUGCUUUCUGCCGCUGCAAGUCUUGCUGGUAUCCAACAACCGGUUGGCAGCGUUGCCCGAUGAGUUGGGGCGCAUGGACCGUCUUACCGAUUUGGAUGCCUCAUACAAUCAAUUGUCAACGUUGCCGGCGCGUAUUGGCGAGCUGCGUUCGUUGCGCUCGUUUUCGCUGCGCAGCAAUCAGUUGAUGUAUUUACCGCGUGAAUUGACCUGUCUAACGCUGGAGUCGUUGGACGUCAGUAAUAAUCGCAUCGCUAGUCUACCUCUGGAGAUACGCCAAAUGACCGCAUUAGUCGAGUUGAAUCUGGAAAAUAAUCCGCUUACAUCUCCGCCUGCUAGUCUCUGUAUUCGCGGUCUCGUACAUGUCUUUAAAUUUCUCGAAACUCAAGCGGCCAAAGAUGAGAAGGGCUCACGCGCCGGCGGCAAUUAUGAUGGCUAUACUACACUGAGACGCGCGCCACGCCACGCCGCGAAUGGCAGCGUACUCGAAUCGAAUCGUGUGCCGCGCCAUCACGGCUUUGAGUCCGGUUAUAGCACUUGUGAUGGCAUUGAUAAGCGUUGGUCACACGAUAUGCCAAAUGUUAAAUCCAAAUUGGAUUCACCUGCUCGUAAAACCCCGACCACACCGCCCCCCUCAUUGAGUUCGGAAUUGAUGGAUGCUUCGCUUACAUCGAGUUCAAGCACAAUUGUUGAUGAAUCAAUAUCGUCAACAGCUAAUGGCACGAGCACAGGUGGUGUAGUGGCGCCAACGGCAGCGAUUGCAGCAGCUGUUGUGAAGCCACUUAAUGCGGCCGAGUCGCCAACGAAACGUAAAGUGGAAAUGCAAGUGACGACUGUACAAUCAGCGCCUGUCACACCGCAGCAUCAACAUCAGUCGCCGCAACAACAGCAACAACAGCACCAACAUAUAAACUAUGCUCAUUCGAACUCGAGUAAUGGCAGUAAUAAUGGGAGUAAUGGCUCAUCACCCGAACAAGAGGAUGGCAUGAUGGAGCAUUACCAGCAUAGACACGAUGAGAAAUCCAAUAAGAAUUUGGGGAAUAUUCAAACUUAUCGCGAAUACAAGGAGGCACUCAAACAGCAACGAAAUUUGGAAGUGUCGAGUGUUUACAAAAUCAAAAAUAGCCAAAAAAUGCUGUACGACAUGAGCGAAGCAUCGAAUGCAUUAAAUUCCAUAGCUGGCAAUAUGCCACACUAUGAAGAUAGUAACGGUGGCGGCGCCGAUAUUGGGUGCAACGAAAUGAUACGAAUAAUGAAUGGUGCCAACACCGUACCGCAACCGAAGUCGAUAAUGAAGAAUGGCAGCGGGGGUGGUGGUGGAUUAGUUGGAGUUGGAGUUGGUGUUGGUGUUGGUGCCACCAAUGGAGGCCUAAAAAUGUUUAAUGGACUGGUAAAUGGUGUUAAUGGUGAUGGCGGCGGUGUCCUUGUUGGCGAUGCUGGCGAUGCUGGCAGCGAUUAUUGCAUUGUAAUACCAAAGAAACCGGUACAAAAAGUGACACCGUCACGAAAUACCGAAUUAAUGUCGUCGCUGGCGACGUCAAAGCAAAUCCAACCAGUCACAACAACACUAGACGAGACAGAGAAAAUGUUGCUCCUACAACAACAGCAGCAGCUGCAGCAGGCACAACAGUCUCAGUCGCAGCAACAUCAGCUUGUGAAUGGUGAUUGCUCGGGUUAUGUGAAACCAAAUAGUCCAAUGAAAACGCUUAAUGGUAAUGCAGGUGGCGGUGGCGGCGGUAGUGGUGCUGGCAUACUUGCGAAUAAUAAUAAAAUAACUUCAUUUGGUGGUCUCAAAUCGCCUGUGAGCGGCACAAAUAAACUGGGUACGGCGAAAACUCAUCGCACCGUCACCUGGAAUCACGACAUACCUGCGGAGAAACUUAGCUUUACUAUGCGUCGCGAAUUCGAUCGCCAACGUGAGGAGACUGAACUGAUGACUCAGUUGCGGAGUAUCAUUGAAACACGUCUCAAAAUGACGCUACCCGAAGAUAUAGCAUCCGCCUUAACCGAUGGUGUUAUUCUCUGUCAUUUGGCCAAUUAUGUGCGUCCCCGUUCGGUUGCCAGUAUUCAUGUGCCAUCGCCUGGGGUCUCCAAACUAACUAUGGCGCGUUGCCGCAGAAAUGUUGAUAAUUUUCUAGAAGCUUGUCGCAGGAUCGGUGUAGAUGAGGAGUUGAUUUGCUCCUGUGCAGACAUUGUGCCCCCCUCCGACGACGGAUCCAACAACAGCCACAGCAACAGUAAUAACAACAAAAAUUCCUUAAAUAAUAAUGAUUCCCAGCAAAUCCAAAAUAUUAUGCAAAUAAAUGAAAUAAAUGAGAAUACACAAAAGUUGCCAAAUCCAUCAGCUGUUUUGAAAACGGUUUCGGCGCUGAUUGCCUUGGAUUAUAAUCCGCAUCAUCAGAAUAUACGAAAUUUGCAACAGCAAUACGAGUUGAAGUUGAAAUUGCAAAGGCAGCAGGAGAAAUUUAAGCAACAACAACAGCAACAAAAAGAUGAAUCACAACAACAACAUGAGCAACAAAAACAACCACAUACAAAUUUCGAGUACCAACGUCGUUGCGUUUUAACGCGUGAUGGGCGUGGCGGCGAUGGCGCCUUUGAGCACGAGUAUGAGCACCAACUCACUGCGACCUGCACCAAAGAACAGAUGCUGCAGCCCACGUUGCAUACACUUGGCCUAGACAAUUCCACAUUUAAUUUGAGUGCAAAGUGUCAUUUCGAUGUGACCGUGCUAACGAAUGGACACGGUGGUGGUAGUGAUAGUGGUGAUGGUGAUGGUAGUGGUGGAUGUGUUGGUGCUAAAGAUUUCGACAGUGACGACGUUGAUGAAGGCGUUGGCGCCGAAGAGGAGGAGCGCGACGAACUGGACACUGCUGUGCAUGGUGACGGCAGUGAGCAGUGCCAUAGCAAACUAAAGCAACACCAACAACAACAACAGCGUCACAUUGUUACGGAUUUUUUUCGUCAUGCCAAAUUGAAAACAUUUCAAAAGAUUAAAUUUAAUUUACUCGCCGGCAACGGUGGCCAUUCAUGCAUCAAUUACGGUCAUGUGAAUAACAAUCAAUGUAUGCUGCAAACCAUUGUGGAAACGGAAAGUGAAGUAAUCGGAGGAGGAGGAGGUGGUGGUGGUGGUGGUGCUGGCAGCGGUAGCGGCGUAGGGGGUGGCGCCUACCAACUGAUCAACGAAAAGCCAACUUUCAACGAGGAACUUAAGCUGAAGGUGGAAAGCCGCGCAGUGGAUGGAGGCAACAAGUACAAGCUAAUCGAUUUAGCCGCGCUCCAGAAGAAAGAGCCAGGCGUGGCGGUAGAAGACUCAUUGCCGAUCGUUUCCAAGCGUAUCGAAUUCUUCGAACACUCUUCUGCAGCCAAAUCAACGCCGCUGCUGAGCAGCAGCCCAAAUGGAAGCAUUAACAGCAGCGCAAGCGCUAACAAUAAAAUAAAGUGCACAACAACAACUGCGACAACAACAGCAACAAUCAAACCUAACCAAAAUAGUAUUUUCAGCAUUUAUCGCGUGGUCGAGGUGAACGACGAGAAGCUGGCAAGCAGCGGCGGCGGCAAGUUGGUGCAUGCUGGAGUCGCUGGUGGUGCUGAGGCAGCAGCGCAGGGGACGGGCGCGUCAUUCCUGCUGAAGCACGAUUCGCAUGUGCUUACAAUCAUACUAUCGUGUGUCUUCAUUAUAACCUUUUUGCUGUUGGUGUUCUUUCCCUUGCCAGGGUAGGAGCAGAUGCGUCACAGAGAGUUGUUGUAUGCAACAUUGCUUUAUAGAGCUUAAGUGAGGGUUUUUUCGAAAUGACGCGAAAAGAAAGCGUGCGGGUUUAGGUAAAGAGCGAUUGAAUAGGAACUUGCUUUUAGCCAUAGGCUUUUUUUUAAUACCUAACGCCGUUUCUGAGUUAGUGACGAAUAUUUUUUUUUUAAUUUAGCAGGCGAGUUGCGCGUUGUUUGCAAAUUUUUUUUAUAAAAAUAUGUACGUAGUUUUAGCAGUCUUUUGAAGAUGUUUUAUAAAAAUAUGUAGUCUUAACAGCCGCCGCUUGCUUAAAAAGAAAUUUGGAAAAAAAAAUUAAAUGCGCAUAUUACAUUUUGAAAGUGCUUCAGCCCUUUGUAAAUUGUUUUUAAAUUUAAUUUUGUUAUUGUAUAUUAUUGUACUUUUAUGUCGAACGCGGGAACUUAUACGCAGGUAUAUUAAUUUAUUCAUAACUUUUUUAUAUUUUUGAUUUGCUUUAGUUAUAUAAUACAUUUGAGCUCUAUGAUUAUAAAUAGUAUUAUUACAGUACGCAGGUAUUGAAAUUUAAUUCAAUAUCACUCUGACAGCAAAAAAACAAAAAUUCUAAAUAUUUCAAAUGAAUCCUAGCGUAGAGUUGUAAUAAUAUUUAUUAAAAAUAUUUCUUCACCACUCAACAAUUUUGCAGAGUGUUUUUCACCAUUCAAGCAAUCCGAGUGUUUUUCACCACUCAACAAUUUUGUAGUCAGAAUGUUUUUCACCACUAAACAAUUUCGCAGUCAGAAAGUUUUUCACCACUCAAAUAUUUUGCAAUCCGAGUGUUUCUCACCACUAAAAAAUUUAGUUAUCCAAGUGUUUUGCACCACUCAGUAAUUUUGCAGUCAGAGUUGUGCUGGUUAAAUUUUAGUUUUAUUGUAUUUUCACAGUUCCAUUCAAAAAUGUGCUAUAAAAACUCUUGCCUUAUUUGGCAUUCUUUAUUUGUAUAAAUCACCUUAUAAUUAAAAAAAAAGUCUAUGUAUUUUAUAAAAUAUUUAAAUAUUUUCUUAAAAUUAAACACCAGAAAGUAUGCUUCAUAUUAUGACAUAAGUUUUCCUCUAUUCACUUUAGAAUUUACAGUGGUGUAAUUUAGGUUAUGUUUUGAAUCGCAAAUGAAUACUAUGGCCGUAGGUUUUGUAUCUAUCAGUUGAAUAUUUUUUUUAAUAUAACUUAUGUAUUAUUACAUAAAUCUACAUACUUAUUUAUAUAAAUUAAAGUUAUUUCGACAAUUAGAGUUAAGCUUUCCUUCAAGACUACUAUUGCUAGAAAACAUGAAUUAUAUUAGUUUUUUUAUUAAUCUAUUUAAGUUAUGCAUAUAAAAUGAAUCUUUUUUUCGCUUGUCUGUUGAGGCCAAGCAAAGUAAUUGUUGGUUGCCAAAAAAAAAAACAAAGAAAUGAAAAUUAUAUUGUCAAACCAGAGGCUUAUGAAUAAUAAAAUCAAACAAAGGACCCUAAAGGUAUGCAACAAGUUUGAAGUGAUGUGUAAGAACAGCUCUUUUCCGUUUUUAUGUCAAUUUGGUUUUUCAAAUCUUUUUCAUUCAGUAAUAUUUUGAAUUUUUUUUUUUCUUAACUUUUUAAAUAUAUUUUUUUUUUUAAUUUUUCUUAUUUAAAUUUUACAUUUUCUAUUUUAAUUUUGUCCCAAAACUUUUUAGUUCACCACUAUUCUAAAGUGUUUUUUUAUAUGUUAAAUAAAUAUUAAUUUUUUAAAUUUUGGGCUUGAAAACUUUUGAAAUUUUUUUCAUAAUUUUUUCACUGUUUUUUAUUUCAAAACUUUUUUAGUAAGAAAAUCAAACAGAAAUAAAAACUAAUUUUCAUUUUUUUUUAUGCAUUUUUUUUUAUCAAAAGUGCCCUUUUUUAGGUUUUUGAAAUAUGUUUUCUUUUUUAAUUAAUUAUUUUUUAAUUUAGUAAUCUCUCAGAUUUUCAGUACAAGUUUAACCUUGUUUUGCAGCUAAAAUAUCAGCAUUACUUGGUUAAACUUGUUAGUAUUUUUUAAUAUAAAUCCUCUUCGUUUCGCCAAGCGUUGGCAAGUGACGAAUAGGUGAAGCAACUGGAGAAGAGCUGCCAAAAAUUACAUUUACUUUUACAAGUUUUAUGCGACAUAACAGGGCGAAUCUAUUAAAGCUGGUAUUACCGAUACCUGAUUUGUUUUUGUUUUUCUUUCGCCGUGUUCAUAUGGCUGUCAGCACAGAAUGCAACAUGGCGAAUUUAAUCUUCGUUUUCUAUUUCGCCAAUACUUUGCUGUGACAAUCAAACAUAUAAAACAUUGUUUUUGCUCUGGUGCCACCACUUUUAACGAAUGCGCCUUGAGUAUAACCGUACUCGCUAGGGGCGAAUCGAUAACUUUGCUGUUACUUUUACAUGAAAAUUUUUCAUGAAGUGAGCAGAGCCCAGAGAUAGCGAGCAGAGAAGUGGUACCUCGAAGGUGCGUAUAGAGAGUGAGUACAGAGUUAACGCACACGUCCAUAAGGCUAUUAUGCGCCUCAUGGUUAACUGAUAUGGCAAAUAAUGCCAUCACAACCUAGUUUUUUGUUAUUUCAUACCGGAAAUUCUCUCUCAUGAAAAAUGAGUAUACAUUUCACGACAUUUUGCCGAAAAGUUCUUUGCUCUAAAGCUUUUUAUUUGGUGAAAAUUAAAAAAAGUAACGAAAACUGCGUUGAUAUGAUUCAAGUACAAAAAAAAAAAUAGAAAGAUAAUAUAAAAAACUAACUGAAAAUUUUCAAGCUGUUCCAAUUGCUUACGAGGGCAAAGAGAAAGCAUAUUCCCAAAACCUUAACUUAGGUGAAAUGUACUUUUUAAUAAGAAAUAAUAGUCAUGUUUAGUUUUGAUGACUACAAAUUUGAACUGAACCAAGGGCAAGGGCUCAUAUAGUCCUUUAAUACAUUUGUAUAUUUUCUUCUUUAUUAGAAUGACAGUCCCACUGCUUCCACAUUUGUAUACCUCAGCACCCUAAAAGUAUGCAUUGUAGCUGAGUCUGCUCCGCAUGCAGUAUAUCGACUUGUAACUUUUUAAUAUUAUAUCUGUCAAAUUCAAAAUUAGUUGCAUACCUUUGGGGCUGUAAAAAUAGUUUAUUGUUAAAUUAGUUGAGUUAUAUUUAAGCGCAUCAUAUAGUCUCCGUUGUAUUCAUGUAGUGUAAAUCCAUGAUUCGCUAUAUCGAAUCCUACUAAAUAUAGGAAUGGACUUAUUCGCGGAAAAAUAUGCAACAUCCAUUCACAUUUAAAGUAAUAUUAUAUUUCAGCAAUUUAUGUAUUUGGUAAUUGAAUUUUUGUUGGUAAUUUAUGUAAUUGGAUUUUUUCACCUCAUUAAGGAUUGCUAUUGCCGCUUUUUUUGAAUAUUUGUCUGAUCAGAGGCUGCCAUUUUUUUUAAAUAUAAAAGUACUUAAAUGUGCAUUUCGUAAAGAAGAGAGCACCAAAAUAUAUUUAUAGAUUUGAAAAUUAAGUAAAUAUAGUUAAUAAUUUUCAAAAAGCUUUGCAUAUUUUGUAUGCUUAACCACGCAAAAGACUUGAUGGAAUAUCAAUUUUUCGAUAAAACGCUAAAAUAGAAAAUUUCGAUGCGAAAGUUCUAGUAUAACAUGAACCGUACACAAGUUAAGAAAAUAAUAUUAGCUUAAAACACUGAGCGAAUUUUUAACAAGGAAAAAUAUGCAUUUUUUUUUAUGAAUUAAUAUAAAGGUAAUCAUUUUUAUUUAAAAUGUGGGAAUUUUCUUGAAUGAUUUAUGUAAAUAAUAAUCAACAUAGGAAGAGAAAAAUUUAUUUCUGAAAGUAUUUCUGAAAUAUUUUUUAAGAACUCGAAUUGUUAAAAUAAUCAAAAUAUUCAAAUUUACUGAUGACAAAUAUUUAUUGAUUUAAAAGAUGAAAAUAUCGCAUAAAUGUUGGAGCGCAUACCGACUUAAGGUGUUUUAAUAAUUUUUUUUCAUUACAGAAUUUUGAAUAUAAAUUCAAUUCAAGACUAAGUUUAUAAGUUUCAAAAGAGAAAAUGGAGGGGAAAAAAUUAUUUAUAACUAAAUAAUAAUAAUUCCAUUGUAAAAGCUUGAACAAUCAAUAUAAUUCCAUUGUAAAAGCUUAAAAGUAUUGUAAAAUGUUUAAAAAAUGAAAGGACUUAAGUGUAUAUUGCACAAAACCUAUUUAAGUUCUGCUAAGGAACUCUAAAACGAAAGCAAAAACACAAUUAACAUUUCUAUUCCGAAUUUACUAACACUAAUGCAGUAGUAUUUAUUCCAACUUCUUUAAUUAAUUCUUUAAUUAUUUAUUU